AUGUAUGGCAAACAUGGCAUAAUAAAUAAAGAUGAAUUCUGGGCUUUCAUUGGACUCAUCCUAAAUAUGGGUACAAUGCCUGUUUCUAAUAUGCAAUAUGCUUUUUUUCAGAUAUAUUUACAAGAGCUAGAUUCAAUCAAAUAUUUUAGAUGCCUCAUUCAAAAAUACCUGACUCAGACAGCAAAAAUCUCAAAACAUGUAUACAAAGAGCCAGUAUUUUUUUAAAAUAUCUAGAUUCAAAAUUUUCUGAACACUUUAUUCCUGGUCAAAAUAUUUGUAUAAACGAAUCCAUAGUAAAAUUUAAAGGGAAAAUUUCUUUCAUUACUUAUAACCCUAUGAAGUCAACAAAGUGGGAUAUAAGAAUCUAUGCAAUGACGGAUUCUGAAACAAGAUAUAUCUAUACUAUCCUACUUUAUUUCGGAAGUAUUACAUCAAAAAAUUUUAUUCGUCCAGAUUUACCAGUUAGUACUAGAAUUCUGCUACAUUUAUAUCAAAAGUUGUUAAAUAAAAUUCCUGAGGUACAGGGUUAUUAUAUGUUUACUGAUAGAUAUACCAAUAUACCUUUGAGAGAAGAACUAAUGAAAAUGAAAUGCCACUUGACUGGUACUACAAAAGCUAACAAGAAAGAUAUUCCAACAUUUAUGAAAAAAAACCAAGUUUUCAGAUAACAAAACUUUUUCUUAUAAAAAAGGAAAAAUCAUGUUCUUAGCCUGGAAAGAUAAGAAAAUUGUGUCACUUUUAAGUACUCGGAAUAAUGUUGGAAUAACAGAUUCAAAAAGAAUUCUAUGA